AUGGCCAACAUAGUAGAGAAGAAAUGGAAUAACAUAGAGAAUGCCAUAAAAACAUCAACUGAGAAAAAUAUAAAUAAGAAAAAAACGCAGAAAAGAAAGAAAUGGUUAGAUAAUGAAUGUGAUGAAGAAAUUAAAAAAAAAACACACAAACUGAGAGAAAAAUACAUACAAACAGUAAGUUUAAAACAAAACAUAACGAAUAAAGGAAAAAGUACAAGACAUUUUCAGUUGCCUGAAUUACCAUUGAAUGAAAAAAUUAAUCCCAAAAAAUUGGUAAAUUUUAAAACAUUACUUCAUACACAUUUUGGAGAAGACUGGGAGAAAGAUGUGAAUUUAAACUGGUACAAAAAUAUUCUUGACAACACUCCUACUGGUAACAACGGUGGAAAGACUCAGUCAGAUAACGAAGAGGAACCUCCAGAAGAUGAAGAGUGUGACUGUCUUGAUGAUGAACAAGCAAUACAUAUAUAA